AUGUCUGCUGCCGUGGCUCAGAGGGCUCCUCUGGGCAGGACCUCAUCCCCCAUGGACACCAAAAAGAAUAUAAUGAAGUCUGAAGAUUCCAAAGAUCAAAAGCCUGCGACCGAUACUGAUUCUCUUCCACCACCMCCCCGCCCCGCCGCUUCUGGUCCCGGCGACACCCCUGACUACUUCAACUCGCUCCACAACCCAUUCUCUCUCGAGCCCAACCCGUUCGAGCAGUCUUUUGGCAACCCAUCAGCUGAAACCCCGGGGAAGUCAUUACUUCCCCCAGUCGCAUCCAUCACGUCUCCUGCACUGCCCGGAGCUAGCUCAGCCGGCUACAACUGGCCCAACUCGCUACGAUCUGGACCUCUGAGUCCUGCUAUGCUGACGGGCCCUACUGGUACCGACUACUUCGACAGUAUUGGACGCGGCUUCCCUACACCCAACGAGUCUUCGCUACGUACGGGCUUGACCCCUGGUGGAGGGGGGUCCAUGUUCCCGGCCCCGAGCCCCAACACUCAGGCGAUUCUCUCUCAGCUUCAAAGUGGUGGUGCGACUCCUUCGACUCUCGAGUUCCACCGCACAGCCCUCAACGCGGCCAAGCGCAGCGGCUUCAAUGUACCCACGUCUAACCCGACUAGCGAGCCCGAGCAGCUCCAGAACAUGGAUAAGAAGACUGCACCAGCUGUUGUUGAUCAGUUCACGCACCACGAUGCUGCUGAUGCAGCCAACGGCCUAUUCAUGCUUGCGAAGGGCGGUCAACCAAACAACGACGCGUUCGCUGCAGCUAAUAAGCCCACGGAUAUGUCUGAUACGAAGCGAUCGACGCGAAACGCUCACAACUCGGUGAGCAGUGGUCGCGAGUUGACUGCCGAAGGUUCCGAUAGCCAAGGCGAGCAGUCCAAGCCAGCAUCGAAAGGCAAGGGCAAGAAAAAUACGCCUGUCAAACAGACCUCGUCCAUCAACGGCCGUCGCAAGGCGGAAGAAGCGCCUAAAGGCUCUAACAAGAGAGCCAAAAUGAAUAGUGGACCUAUGGAGGUGACUCCUGAAGAGGAGUCAGAUGACGAAGACAUGAAGGACGACCUAAAUGGCAAGGACCCGAAGAAGAUGACUGAUGAAGAGAAGCGGAAGAAUUUCUUGGAGAGGAAUCGUGUCGCCGCCCUCAAAUGUCGUCAACGUAAGAAGCAGUGGCUGGCAAAUCUCCAGGCCAAGGUCGAGCUCUUCACAACCGAGAACGAUGCUCUAACAGCGACUGUCACUCAGCUGCGGGAAGAAAUUGUGAAUCUCAAGACCCUUUUGCUUGCGCACAAAGAUUGCCCUGUUUCGCAAGCUCAAGGUCUUGGGCCUUUGAUUAUGAAUGGCAUGUCCGCCGGCUUCGACCCUCAUCCAUACAACCUCGCGAGUAAUAUGGGCAUGCAACCCGGAGCACCGAUGCCCCAAGCCAUUCGCCGAUAG